GGCAGAGCGAGCCUGGUUUUCUUUCUCUCAGCAUCUCCACCCUGCGCGCUGAAAACCGCUUCAGAUCUUUAGGGUUCACCAAACUAUGGAACUUGAUUUUGGACACUUUGACGAACGAGACAAGGCGUCCAGAAACAUGCGAGGCACACGUAUGAAUGGGUUGCCCAGCCCCACUCACAGUGCUCAUUGUAGCUUCUACAGAACCAGGACCUUACAGGCACUGAGUAAUGAGAAGAAAGCCAAGAAGGUGCGUUUCUAUCGCAACGGGGACCGCUACUUCAAGGGAAUUGUAUAUGCUGUGUCUUCCGACCGCUUCCGAAGUUUUGAUGCUCUCCUGGCUGACCUGACCCGGUCCCUGUCUGACAACAUUAAUCUGCCUCAGGGAGUCCGUUACAUUUACACCAUUGAUGGAUCGCGGAAGAUUGGAAGCAUGGAUGAGCUGGAGGAAGGGGAGAGUUACGUAUGCUCAUCUGACAACUUCUUCAAGAAGGUGGAAUACACAAAGAACGUCAAUCCCAACUGGUCUGUCAAUGUGAAAACAUCUGCUAACCAGAAAGCACCACAGUCUCUGGCCAGCAGCAACAGCGCCCAGGCAAAGGAGAACAAAGAUUUUGUGCGUCCCAAGCUGGUAACCAUCAUCCGUAGUGGGGUGAAGCCCCGGAAGGCAGUUCGCGUGCUCUUGAACAAGAAGACGGCCCAUUCGUUUGAGCAAGUUCUCACUGAUAUCACUGAAGCUAUAAAGCUGGAGACAGGAGUGGUCAAAAAGCUGUAUACUCUGGAUGGAAAGCAGGUGACCUGUCUCCACGAUUUCUUUGGGGAUGAUGAUGUGUUUAUUGCCUGUGGUCCCGAAAAAUUCCGCUAUGCACAGGAUGACUUUUCUCUGGAUGAAAGCGAGUGCCGGGUGAUGAAAGGGAGCCCUGCAGCUGCCACAGGUAGUAAGUCAUCUCCCACCCCUCAGAAGAGCUCAGCAAAGAGUCCAGCCCCUAUGCGCCGGAGCAAGUCUCCAGCUGAUUCAGGUAACCAUCAAGACGCAAAUGGGACCUCGAGCAGUCAGCUGUCUACGCCCAAAUCCAAGCAGUCCCCAAUCUCCACACCUACCAGCCCAGGGAGUCUCCGUAAGCACAAGGUAGACUUGUAUCUGCCUCUGUCUUUGGAUGACUCUGAUUCCCUUGGAGAUUCCAUGUAAAGCGACAUGACGUUAAUAGUCCGUACUGCAAGCUAUGUUUAAGAUACAGUAGAGUACUUCUGCCAAACUAAGCAGAUAGGUGACUGGUGCUUUCAAAUCAAAGGACACACAGUUAUAUGUCAUUUUUUUUCUGUGAUUUAUCCUCUGUACCACAAAUCAACACCUACCAGUCUAUAGAGAUAGAGGGAUACCAUUCUUUUAAGCAGAGUUUUAGGGAUGCAAAAUGGACGUUGCCAGCAAUUUUGGGCUGCUAUGCCACUGAUCCUGUGCACUUCCCAUUUUCUUCUAUUGUUUUUUCUUCUUCUGCAAAUACGUAAUUUUCCUAGAGACAGUAAUGGAAGGCUCCCCCAGAAGUGAGUGAAUCAAUCUGUUGCUGACAAAUUCUGACAACUCUCUACCUGUCCAAACUACCAACGCUUGCUUGUUCCUCGUUUGCAGCCCUGAUCUUAGCUCCUGCAUACUAACUAGUACUGUUUUUGUUGUUACAGGGCAGGAAGGGAAAAUGACUUCUUAGUUUGAUGCUUAGUAUGCCAGCAGAAGCUUGAACAAGAUUAGGAAUGAUUACAUGAGAUGCUAAGUAAGGUUAGUGCAAUAGUGAUUUUUCAGAUGUUUAAAUAUUGGGAUUUGUUAAUUAAGUAAAAUAAUGUAAGUCAGCUGAGUUGUCUAGAGUUGAACAGCUUCACAUAUGGUCCAAAAACACUGCUAGCUGGUAACAAACUUUUAUAACCACCCUAUGGUAUCUCUCUAUCUCUGUUUUUAAAAGUAAUGCCUUGUGAACAGCCAACACUGAAAACACUGUGAGAAUUUGUUUUCAGGUCUGACAUCCUACAGGUCACUUUUUAUAGCAAAAAAAUCAAUACACUUUUUAUAAAGGAAAACCUUGUAUCUGUGUUUUGGAGUAAAGAUUCAAGCUCCUUCUUUUUUAUAAAAGCUGGUAAUUUUGUUUUGUUUAAAAAAACACAUUCAGAAAAAUGAACAAAAAAAAACCCCAACCAACUGCAGAACAGUAAUAACAACAGAUCAGUUUAGAAAUCUUGUCAGCACUGCCAGAACAGACACUUGUAGGGGAAAAAAAAGUCAGUUCAAAAUAUUGAAUGUUUUGAUAGUUUUUGUAAUGUUUAAGACUAUGUAUUUGUUUUUUUUACACUUCUGUAUUCAUAACUAUGGCCAGAUUCUCUACUUGUAUAACAAAUGGAACUUUGUGUGCUCGAAAACCCGUAUUUUAAGAAACUCUUCUAUCUGACAAAAACGAACUUAUUGUAUUUAGAGAAACCUUUUGCUUUUAUUAAUCAGUAAUGACUCGUAUGGAAUGCAAAGUUCAUCUAUUCACGCAGGGCUGGUGGUUUUUACUACGCCGAAAUUUUGUUAUAGGCUAGCUGGCAUUGCCUCUUUCUCAUGGAAUAAGCUUUUGAUGAAACUGAUUAUUACGGAACUUUACCUAAAGGAAAUCUGUGCAAUCAAAUAUUUCUUUCUUGCUCUAUUUGCCUUUGUUUCAACAUAAACACCUAUUCCUUAUUCUCUUGCAACCCCUUGUGAUUAGAAUUAAUUAUAAUGUGAUGUUUGAUGCUAUAUGAAUGCUGGGUUGUUCCCAAAGCCACUCCAUAUUUUGUUUGCUUGCAUUGUUGAUAUGAAACAAUCUGUGCAGGCUAUGACUUUAGAGGUUCAUGUGAUGAUACAUAUAGUGCAACUUUAAAAAGAUGUAUCUGAGAGAGGACAGAAUUGGGAAUUACCAAGGGGUCAGAUUUAUGCACCAAUUUUGCACCCUGUAGUCUUAGUGCAUGGUCUUUUACACACAGAGUUUUGUGAAAGAAAUCAUUUGUGCCCACAAAUAACUUCAUUUAAUUGAGUAAUUUGCUGACUAUGUAACUGCUAAAUGAACAUUUCACCCACUGUAUAUAGAAACCUGGUUUCAGUUCAGAAGGCUAGAGGCUCAUGUUGAAGCUUUGAAGUAUGGGGGAAAGUACUGUGGACAAAGCAUAGGUGUAGUAGUCAGGAAACCUUCCUUCAAUCUUUUGGCACUGCUAGAUAUAGUGUCUGAAGGGGAGCAGGACUGCUGAUAACACUGUGCCUCAAUAGGUCUACCCAUCCCUUUGUGGAUAAUACUGUUCUACCUCACUGGGGGUUGUGAAUCCAAAUGUUGGUUAGCAUUUGUAAAGUGCUUUCAGAUCCUCUAACAGAAGGUACUGAACUGUUCUGGGUGCAGAUUUGGCUGUGGAUGCUAAUUUUGACUGUUUAAUCCACAGGGUGCUACUGUAGACACAAGUCUUGAGAAAACAAGGCUUUUUUAAGCAUCGGGAUAGCAAAGGCCAUGGUUAUGCCAACAAUAUUGUUAAUUAGAUCAUUUAUCUUAGUAAAAGCUCUAGUGAGAUAGAUAUUUGGCAUGCUUUUACCCUCUUCUCUGUUCUGUUGAUGGAAAUCUGAAAGUCCCUCCCCAGGCUUAGCCUUUCCAGGGACUCUUGACUACUAGCCAUGGCUCAGCCUGUUAAGGGAUGAUGGACUUGGACUCUAGGCAGAGGUACUGUCACUUUGCAGCACAGGCUGUUUCCUUCACAGCCUCAGUUAGCAUGUCCUGCCACCUUCCUGUGAGUCCCUGCUCAACCAAGGAGACCAGCCAUAAAAUUAGAUCUAGGUUCUCUUGCUAUUCAGCCUGAGAUUCUCACCACCUUUCCACCAGGAAAACCCAAUUCUUUGAUGCCUAUAAGCAGACUCAAGUGCUAGAGUUGUUGAUGAUGUUAAAGGAGUUAGAGAUAUGCUUCCAUCCAAUACCCACAAAUUCAGUUUGUAUAAAAUAAAGCAGGAUGCCAAAGGUCAAAUAAACCUUUGGAUGGAUGGUGGUGAAGGUUGUUGUUGAGAGGUGAUUCCUUUCCUUCCUGCCACGAGUAGUGGUUAUUUUAAUAUGCUCUUCCUGGUAGAGCAUGCCAAUAAAUUAGUUAGGCCUUCUUCCUGUGCUGUACCUAGUGACGUUAUCUAAAACCUCAUCCCGCAAGUACUCCCUUAGGAUUUUUUUUGCACUAGGACCAUCUUGGGGUGGGGCUGAGCCCAGUAAUUUCUUCAGGGCACUACCAAGGGAACCUGAAAAGGCCUAAAAGAAGAAAAUAUCUUCAGUGGGAAAAAUAGCCAUUCAAACCUGCAAAAGCCACAAAGAAAACAGGGUGUGAGGUCCAACUCAAAGUUUUAAAAAGCAGUUUUAUAGGUAGAACUGCUUAGGCAGUAGAAGUCGGUGAGCAUUUCAGCUGUAACAUAUUGUUAAGUCUGCAUUAAUGCCAUUAUUGCAUGAGGUCUUGUACAGAAAUGCAUGAGGAAUGUACUGUACAUUCAACACUAGGUAUUUUUGGCUUUGUAGGAACCCUAACAUAGAUUUGAUUACAAAGAGAAAUAAUGCACAGGUAUCAUAUUUUAGUCAUUUAAAUAGAGGAACAGCCUUGAUUCAGCAAAGAAGUUAAAGACAUGCUUAAAUUUUAGCACGUGCUUUACUCCUGUUGAUUUUUAAUGAGAUGUAAGCUUGGGUUUGGCCAGAAAGCUUUCCUGAACUAGAAUGAAUUAGGAAUUACUUUCACUGUACUGUAAUAAUUCCAGACCUUAUGAGAUCCUGGAGCAAAUGACUGCAAUUCCGUUAUAUACUCAAGAGUUUACGUUUUAUAUAUUUUCUACAUUUGCAGGCACAUAAAAAAAACCACUACAGGAUGUGAGGAUUUGCCAUAUUAAUUCUGCUGUAAAAACCCUAUCUAAUUUCCCCCAUGAGGCUGCCUUUAGUGUUUUCAGAAACUAAUUGAGUCAUUAAGACUAUAUUGAUUUAAAACAAUUCAGUAUUUAAAAGCAAAUUUGAGAGAUUCUUAAGCUGAUGCAGAGCUUUGUUUCUUCAAAAUCUACCUUUAUUUAUUCAGUAUCCAGUAUAUUUUAUCAAAUUUGCAUAUAAAAUUAUAUAAAAAACUAUUUCCAUAUAUAAUCAUUAGUAAGGAAUUAGAGCAAUAUCCUUCAACCAUAGAAAGACCAAUGUAUUUAGUCUUCAUACCUUCCCGCGAUGGUCUCAGCUGUAGAAUAUCAGGGCAGUGCAGCAAAGUUCUUGAGCCUUAGGAUUUUUGUCUCUUGUAAUGCAUUUAUAUUCCGAAGUUUCUGAGUUAAAUCUCCAUUUGAUGUCAGAUUGGAAUUAGUUCAUUUCCACCUACUAGAUAGCCAACCAAGUCUCUACCCCUUGAAGUAAUUUUGAAAGAGUUUGGUAAUGGAAUUCUACCUUGGUCCACUCUACAGUGGGAGAUGGAAAUACUUUUGCCUUCUGUUGUCUGUGUUUCCCAUAUCUGCAUAUUAUUUACAGUAUUAUCAGAAUCUGAAAAGCCUAUUUUCAUAGGCAACAGAAGAAUAAUUCUGCUUAGAAAAGAAAACUCAAAGAAAACCUUUUGAAAUUGCUCUGUAACACCAACCUGAAUCCCUAAAAUAAAACACCAUUCCAGUGACAGCUAUCCCUGGAAGCUUCACCCUCUCUGCAGGGGUAUGGUGUGGAUUUUAAAAGUAUGAGCCUUUUUUAUCGUAGUAAACGCAUAAGUGUAUUUUGCUAUGACUUCAGUGGCACCCUACAUCCAUUCAAGGCAAUUGGAGAGAUAUCUUUGACGACGGUCAAGUGAGAAUUGUUUUUAGAUAAAGGAAGAAAAGAAUGCCAAGUAAAACAAGUAUAAAGUUAGUUAAGAAAGUGUCUCCACAAGCUAAGACAAUACACAACUAGAGAAAAGCUAUAUAGAGGUGUAUUUAUCACACAGGUGCUGAUCACAACCAAGACAGAACAAAACAUUUUCUUUAACGGUAAUUUAGGCUCAAAAUUAUUUUUCUGGUUACUGACAGAAGCAAAUUAGAAUGGUAUUUGGGGCUGGUGAUGUUGUUUGUAGAAGCAAAUGGCUGGCACAGAAUAAAUAUCUUUUUCUGCUAAUGUAGAUAAAGUACGAUGUAGCUCAGGCAACAGGAUUAGCAUGUUAUACAAGAUUCUAGAGGAGAUCCAGCUGAAUCAUCACCACCUUGGUGUACUGAGGCAAAGCAGGUUAAGUCUUUAAGUGCCUUCCAACAUGUGUUGGGCUUCAGUAGCAGGACUACACAUAACCAACAAGGCCUAGGUUAAAUGACCCUAAUGAAAGUGGACAGGACACAUUAAUUCUUGAGCCUCUUGAGAUGAUUAGCCCAUCUUGCUUUUAUGCAGUCAGCUCUAGAAAGUGACUGUCUCCAGGAUCACAGACAUCUUCUGGCUGAUGCCUUUGUCCCAUCCCUAUGAACCUGAGCAGGCCUCUCUGCAGUAUCUCAAGAAAUGUUAAAGCUGAGUUCUAUGUCUCACAGUGCAGCCACUAAACAUUGAUAGAUUGGGGUGGGCUGGGUUCUGCUGCAUCAGCUACCAACCCUGUUAUUCAGGUAUUCUUCACCCUCCCUUUUUGCCCCAACUUGAGAUCUGGUAUCUCUCCUAGGUGCCUGCAGGUUAAAGCCUGGGGCCAGCAUGUCCAUAGACCCCGUGUUAUUUUGCUGUUGUUAUUUUUUUUUCCCUCUGGAAAGCUUUGAGUCAUUUGAUGUUCACAGGUCUGGGACUAAGCUGACAAAAAAAAAAAAAAAAAAAAAAAAGUUAAUAUCCCUAUUGUUUGAGAGAGGCUCAGAGAUAGCAAGUGGAUGGAUGGAAAGGCUUUUUUCCAGCAAUGUGAUUGCAUAGCUGCUCUAACAGAGUCCUAAUUGUAGGGCAGAGUAGGAGUACUACUCCUUCACAGGAAGAUGCAGAGCUUUAGGCUCACAGACCACUAUCCCUUCAUCAGGACACUGUUUAAAGAAGGUCAAAAACACUGACACCAAUGUUCAUCCAGUAGAUGAAUUUCUGGGCAAAUGAGAACCAAACCUAGUGAAUGUAACAGUGGGAAUUCAUAGCUAUUGGUCUUUGGUGUAACUGUGAGCAGAUCAGUUCCCCUGUGCCACGCUGUCCCAGUGCAUAAAGAGCUGAACAUAGCACUCAUCUCCAUCCGUAAGCUGCUUUGAGAUCAGCUGAUAUACAGAGCUAUAGAAGAGCUAGCUCUUAAGAUUUAUUAAUUAUUACUGAAGUUUGACAACCCUAUAAAAGCAGAUUAUGGUGCAUUCUCUCAGACAAGUCUUUCCAGGAACUCCCAACUUUUCAGGAGUCUCCAAAAACCAUGAUGUAAAAAUGCCUCAUUAUUUUACUAAUGGUGAAAAACAGACACACCACUUCUAGUUCCCCCCAAACCAAUGGGGGAGCCAGCAGUGCCUCUAAGUGCAAGGCCACAUCCAACAACCAAGUUCUCUCAUCUGGAGCUGCCACAUCUCGCCUGAACACAGUCCCCAGUUGCUCCUCUUUUUGUUACCUGUACAUGUACGUAUCAGGGGGCAACACAUGUUACCAUCUGAAAUGGAGGCCAUAUAUUUUAAAUAAUGAAGAAGUAUAAUGAUUUCAGAGGCCUUCUACCAAGAAAACAGUGGGCCUGUUGUUGAAAGCUUGCUUGUUCAGAAAGUGUUCAUGGGAAAGAAUUGCCUUUCAGUCUUCACUGCUUAACACACUUAUUCUGGCUCUUGCUCUAUCACUCAGUGAACUGUAACUCACUGGCUCUGAAGCCAGCUUAGAGCUUGCCUAGGUCUGACAGUUUGCCACUCAAACAAUUGAAGCAGGAGGAUUCCCAAAGGGAAUUAACAAAUCUUUGCAGCAUUUAGAGUCUGUCAACUGAAAAAAAGAAAGCUGCACUGUUAGAGAAGGAUGCCAUGAUGGCUAUUGUCACAGUAAACAAAGAAAAAAGACUUGUUUCCAAGAGGAAUGGUAGGGGGCAUUUGUUGCAAGAUCUCUACUGAGUGAUGAAAUGAACUUGAACACCACAGAAAAUCAUAUGGAAGGGAGAGCAUGAGGCAGUGCACUGGAAACAUCAACAGCAUUGAUGUGUGGGAACAAAGAAAGAUGAGAGCCAAGAAACUCCAAGGAGAAACAAAAGGGGUAGUGCAAGCUGUGGAUCUACAGCUUGGGUCUGGAUAGAAAAGCAGCAGGGGUUUCUGGCUGCAUGUCGAGAGUGUUAUUGCCCCUGCAGGUAUCUAUGCGAGGAUGCAGGCUAUCUGCCACAACAGCAUGUGUCCCGCUCCCACUGGCAGAAAGAAGGUCACACUUGGCCGCAGGCUGAAGAACUUGGUUUGAAAUUUCUCAUCUGCCCCUGUUUUUCUCUCCUGCUGGCAUAUGUAUGUCUGUGUCAUCUCUAAAAGGGUGAAGGGAAAAUCCAGCUCUUCGCUGAAUGACAGCACCAGACUACAGUUUGGUUUUAUUUUUAUUCCUUCCUAUUAGAUCAGAAAUAGAACUUAAUCAGCAUGCACUGGCUCAGAAAAGUACAGGUCUGGCACACUGGGGAAUUGCAAGACAUGUGUGAGAGGAUAAUGAGGGCAACUCUGAACCUCCUGGCCCUUCCCAUGGAGUGCAGCAAACUGGAAGAAGUAUCAACCCUGUUGUACCAAGGUGAUAAGUCCAGACAGGCUUCUGGAAGAGGUUACUGUGAAUUGCUGUGCAGGCAGAAGGGCUGAUGAUGAUCUUGUCCAUGAAAUCCCUAACCACAUAUGUGAAAGCUGUUACAUUCAAUAAAUCAACGGAAAGGCCAUGGUGAACAGGAGGAUCCGUGUUUAACACUGGUUUUCUCAUGGUAAUCUUUCUUUUAAAUUCAGUGGAGUUACAAUACUUGUGAAUUUAAUACUAAAAGGCAAAAGAGGUGAUUUAUUUGAAUACAUUUUUUUGCUGUUUGCUCUCAGAGUUUCCAUUCUUUUUUUUUUUUUUCCAUAAGAAUUGCAGCUCUUUGUUUCUGUAGAUUUUCUGGCACUCAGUGUAACACAAGCGAAACCCAACGCUCCUAAUUCUUUGUUGUUUAAAAGAGGCGGAAGCUCCUCUGUAAUUACAGGAGCUGAAUCCACUUGGUCCAAGAAUGGUCUCCUAUGUCAAAGAUUGAUUACUGUCAGAAAUUAUUGUGUGAUUGAUUAGGUAAGUGCAGAUUCAGUUUCCUGGCUGACAACUGCAGACUUUGCAGAAAAAAUCACAUUGGCCCCAGCUAGAAAGUGAUCUCUUUUAUAAACCUCUAAUAGAAAGUUAUACAUAGGAGAUAUUUUCUAUAAUUUUAUUGUAAUUAAUGAUAAGGCUAAAAUAAUUUCACGAGAUAUCUUAAAACAUUUAAGACUGAAAAUUAAACAAGCAGCAUAGCAAAUCAAGGUCUCUUCUACAUUUUCUGGUCCUAGAGAGUCUUUAUCUUGCCUUCUCUCACCUCAGUCCACCAAGACAAGCCCUAAGACCAACAGGCUUAUUGAAAAUAGCAUUUCUAUUUCUUCCUGUAUUUUUCUGCCCUAAGCCCAUCUAGUGCCAAGCAGAAUAGAGGUUUCUGGUUGGCUCAGUUUUAGAGAAAAGUAUUACCAAAUGUCUCUGAACAUAAAAGGAAGGUUCAGUUCUUUUUUAGGUGACUUAUCUAAGCUCAAGGCUGCUUUUGAUUUUAUUCAAGCUGGUUCUUCCAUCUCUGUUUGCGAUUAACACAUACCUAAGCUAUAUAUAGGAAGUUUAUAUUAACGUUAGGCACAUUUGAAAAGUGAGGUAGCUGUGGAGCAAAGUGAUUUGCCUGAUACAUGCAGUCAGGGUGAAACAUGUUGGUGGCACUUUGUCAGGGUGGACCCAAACCAAAUCCUCAUUCUGAAUCCCCAAUUUUCUGAGGAACCCGUGUGUAGAGUCAUACUGAAGAAAUGUCUGUAGUGAGCCAAAUGGACCCCUAGCUGGGGUCCAGGCCCAGUUCAAGAACUGAAGAAUUUAACCUUCAGAGAGUCCCUAUGAAACAUUGGUGUUUUUGUGGCUAUGUUUUGUUUUGGGAAAUUCCAACAUGGCUGCUUUUCUCCAUCGGCUUCCAACCUCUGCACAGCAGGUAUGGAUGGGUCUUUAGUUCUCUUCCCUUUGCAGGUGGCAGUUGAAGUGGAGUGAUGUUCUGUCUCCCUGUCAUGCUGACCACACAGUCACUGAUGGGUGGUAGAACAAAAUGGCUUUUUUUCUUUUUUUUCCUUCUUUACAUCAGAAGAGCUUUUCCCAGAUUUAGUGUGAUAUCUAACAAUGUGUCUCCUUAAGAAGAAUGUCUAGAGAACUAAUUGCACUGUUAAUUGGUGUUUAUAGAUAAGGUGAAGCAGAAGUAUUGAAUGUAAGAACAAGAAAGCCUGUGAGUUAUAAUUACAUGCUGAAUUCUGACAUGUAAAAUUGUUGUUAGUUUGCUUCUUAUUUAAAUUAUGUGUGAUCCAAGCAGUUUUACCACCGUGGCAGUACUAGUACAGCUGUGAUUAUCAAUUUAGAUGACAUCCAGGGUCUUCUAGAAAGAAGCCUGUGUAGACAAAUCUAUUCUCUGAACAAAUUCUGCUCCUUGAUAUUCUGAAUUCUAUGACACGGUCUAGUCUAGAAGCACAGGACAGGAGUAUCAGCUUGUUGACUUUGCUGUUGCCGGCCUUUGCCUAUUUUCUUAAUCACAAAUAAAAUUUCAAGCUAAGGCAAGUGGCUCUCAUCACAUAAGCCCAAGUUCUUUGUGCCACUCUUCUCUGAAGAGCGUGACCUGACUUCACUCAUAGCCCUGCACUCUGCAGCUCUCUGUGAGCCACCAGUCUGCCCAGAAGUGGUUUUGAGGGAGGGAGAUAUGCAGCUGAACUGGAACCUGAUCACGGAUUACUGUCUUAGGUCAUUCAUUGAGUUUGUAUGAUUUCAUCAUUAAUAACGAAGCUGCAAUAUAGUAUAACUGAGAGACCACAAUGUAUUUUCUAUUGCCAUUCAGUGGGUGGGGGUUGGAGGGGCAGCUGGGUUUAAAGUUUAGCUGGUAUACUUUAAACUCUGUGUACAUAACCUUGGAGGACACAUGGGUGGUAAGAGUUGUUGUUUUGUUGGAUUGGUAAAUUUCAUUUUGGUUUGGUUUAAAUAGUAAGGUAUUUAAUUAAUGUCAUUGUACAAAGAGCUAUUCAUUUAAACGAUGCAUUUGUUCUCCUAAAACAGAUCUAUCUAAACUUUCUUUUUGGCAAGCCUGCAGCAAUGCUACGCAUAGCAUUAUGUUGACUUUUGUACUUUGGGGGAGUACGUGGAAGGGGAGGGGAAAUGCUUUCCUCUUCAGACAAACAGUGUUUGCCCAUAGUUAACUUUCUGCUUGGGUAUAUAACUUGAGUUCCCUUUACUCCAAAUUUUCAUGUGAAGUUCUCUUAAAGGGACAGAACAAGCAGAGGUUAUGCCAAAAGAUCUCAAUUGUAUCAUCUUGUAAUAUAUUGCAGCUUUAUGCCAAUGAUUCCUUGCUUACCUGUACACAGUCCAUGCAUGUUUUCAACUAAUUUUGCAUUCUCCAUUUGUGGUGAGUUAUUUAGCAUUUUAACCACCUUUUGUGCCAUUCAACUUGUACAGAAAACAUUUUUAUUGACGUUUUAAAGGGAGGGGGAAGAAAAGAAAAAACCCUUCUGCUCCCUAGUUGUAGGUAGAACUCGAUUACUUAGCAAACAGAUGUAGAUGAGUGGUUGUAGUGUUAGAAAUGUUAGCUUGCUCGUGAACAAGCUUUUGAGAGUAAAUGCAUGGUCUUGUACUUCUCUUAAUUAGCUUUUCCUUUCCUCCUGGAAAGAUUCUCCCCCUCUCUAUUCUAUCUUUGUCUCUCUCGUGGUUGUAAAGUACAGAUUUGGGCAUAAAUAAAAUGAUAUACAAUAAGGUUUGAAAAGCAGUUCUCAACAGAUUCUUUUGGGGAACUUACUUCUCACUGCGCCCUGCCUUGGCACUUUGAUUAGACUCUUUCAAGAUAAAACAGAUGGAGAACAAUCACCUGUUGCCUCUGCUUGAACUGGGGAACAAGUUAAUCUUUGGAAGAUUGCAUCACUGGUAAACAAUGAGAUCUUGCUGAUCCAUUGCAGCUGAGGCAUGUGGCACGUGGGCUAUUGGCCGUGGCUUCCACACCUGGUUGUUUUACAUGGGACUCAUCCCACGGCCCCUGAUUUGCAGAGUUUGCACGCACUUUUUGAUUUUUCUGGAUACACAGCAGAGGGGAGAUAGUGGAUGAUACAUAGGAAUUACGUUGUUAUGGGUUCUGCAGGCAGCUCCUUCUCCACACUCCCAAGCUCUGGGUUGAGUACACAGGGCUUAUUAUUGUAUAGCCGUGGUUCUGUUGGCAAAGGAGGACAGGAAAUAAAGGCUAGGAAAAGACAGGGGGUCACACAUAACGAUGGAUUUUGUAAGAAAUGGACUUAAAAAUCCCCCCCAAAACCCUGCCUCAAAACCACAAAGUCUACCUUGAUCCAUGCAUUUAUUCCCCAUGCCUCUUCUCCCUUAGCAGAAUUUCCUUUUGUUAGAAGAUUUGACUUUCUAGAAAAAAGAAAAAUCCAUUUUUGUGAGGUGUUGUGAACUGUUUUUACCACUUGUAAUAACCAUCCCAGGUCUGAGUAUUCUUGUAAUGCAAUGCCAUGCAGCAGAGAACCUGUCCACUUUAUAGCUUUGCUCUCAAUAUUUGUUACUCAUUGUUUUCUCAUCUAAAUGUACAUUUGCAAGAUGUGUGUAAUGUCAUUUUCAAAAAAUAAAAUUUGGUUUCAAUAUUUAGGCCGAUAAAA